AUGGCUGUACCGGCUACCACGACCACCGCAACAGAGACGACGAGUCUUUCACCCGGCGUGCUACGUUUGCUCGCCGACUAUGAGCUAACACAUAGCGGCGACGAGGACGCACCACCGGCGCCACCAAAUCCGCAGCCCGACCUUGUCACUCCAAAUCCUUCAUGGUGGCCAACAGACUAUAACGACAUUCCACCAUACCGCCCCAUCAACUACAGCCUUGACCGCGAUCAAAGACCCUGGGCAAGGCCAGGUAUCGAGACGGCGUUCGCCUUCACAAUGCUGAACGGAGUGGGCGUCGUAGCUUGGUUUGCGAAGCUUUGGAGAGCGACUGGAGGGAGGCUCAAUGACCAGAUAUUUCGGUUCUCGAUUGGAGGCGAGAGAUGA